UUUUAACUACUAUUUUCUCCUAACACAAUCCCUUAAUCAUUUCAAGGUUCAAACUCAUCCAACAACAAAAAAAAAUGCCUUUAGGGGAAGAAUACGAAGAUGCCAUAAACCUUAGGAAAACACUCAUCAACAACACCAACAAUAAUGCUAGGAAUGACUCUUUUUAUGUUGUGCUAUGUGUUCUCAUUGUAACUUUGGGUUCUAUCCAAUUCGGUUUCACGUGUGGCUAUACUUCGCCUGCCGAAGAAGAAAUGACUCGAGAUCUAAAUCUAACAAUUUCAAAGUAUUCAUUAUUUGGUUCAUUAUCGAACAUUGGUGCAAUGGUGGGAGCAACAGUGAGUGGUCAAGUAGCAGGAUACUUUGGGCGUAAGGGGUCACUAAUAGUUGCAGCAGUCCCAAAUAUAUUUGGAUGGCUUGCAAUUUCCUUGGCAAAAGACUCAUCACUUCUAUAUAUUGGAAGAUUGUUGGACGGUUUUGGAGUGGGAAUAAUCUCUUAUGUGGUACCUAUUUAUAUAGCAGAGAUAUCACCACGAACCAUGAGGGGUAAAUUAGGAUCUUUGAACCAGCUAUCAAUUACAAUUGGGAUUAUGGUGGCAUAUUUGCUAGGCCUUUUUUUCAAAUGGAGAGUGCUAGCACUAUUAGGAAUUUUGCCUUGUGCAAUGUUAAUACCUGGGCUAUACUUCAUUCCAGAAUCACCAAGAUGGUUGGCUCAAAAUGGAAUGAUGGAAAGAUUUGAGUCUGCAUUACAAUCUUUACGAGGACCCAGUGCUGAUAUUACAAUGGAAACAGAAGAAAUAAAGGGAUCAUUGGUUUCUAAUAACACAACAGAUACUGUACACUUAGCAGAUCUCAAGAGGAGAAGAUAUUGGUUUCCUUUAAUGGUAUGUAUGGGAUUGCUUGUUUUGCAGCAACUUUCUGGUAUCAAUGCUGUAUUUUUCUAUGCUAGUAAGAUCUUUUCAAGUGCAGGAAUUUCAUCCAGCGAUGCUGCUACAUUUGGACUAGGAGCUAUUCAGGUUGUAGUGACUGCAAUCUCUACUUGGUUGUCAGACAGAAGUGGCCGAAGGGUGCUUCUUAUAAUAUCUUGCUCUGUGAUGACAGUCAGCCUGCUACUCGUCGCUACAGCAUUUUAUCUACAGGGAGUUGUAGAAAAUGAGUCUGGCCUUCAUAGAAUGAUGGGGAUUCUCUCUCUUGUGGGGCUUGUGGUUUUGGUAAUUGGUUAUUCUCUUGGUGUUGGACCAGUUCCUUGGCUUAUAAUGUCUGAGAUACUUCCACUAAAUAUUAAGGGGCUUGCUGGAAGUGCAGCAACAUUUCUAAAUUGGUUUACUGCUUCUCUUGUCACUAUGACUGCAAAGUUGCUUCUAAAUUGGAGCAAUGCAGGAGCAUUCACUAUUUAUGCAUUUUUUGCUGCCUUCAACCUUGCAUUUGCACUGCUUUGGGUUCCUGAGACUAAGGACAGAACAUUGGAAGAAAUUCAGGCAUCUUUUAGAAGAUAA